UUCCCCACAUCCAAAACACUCAGCAUUAUUCAUUAUGAAUUCCCUCAAGCUCAUCUCGUUGCUUCUGUUGGCCACGCUCAUGGCCACAAUCACAAUUCCUGAUCUCAUUGACGCUGCAACACUAUCAGAAGAAGAAAGAUUGAAUGUCGAGGAGGAAGAGUUGACAACUUCAUUACGUGUUGCAGGCCGCUUUCUGGCUUCCAAUGGGAAGUCGCCUCGGCUUCAAACAAAGACAUGUGACAAAUACCCUACAGUUUGCCGCGCCAAGGGGAGCCCGGGGCCGUACUGCUGCAAGAAGAAAUGUGUAAACGUGAUGACAGACGAGCUCAAUUGCGGCAUGUGCGGGAAGAAGUGUAAGUUCUCGGAGACUUGCUGCAAAGGGCAGUGUGUGAAUACGAUGUUCAACACCAAGCACUGUGGAGGCUGCAACAAGAAGUGCAAAAAAGGGAAAACAUGCACGUAUGGAAUGUGCAAUUAUUCGUAGAUAUGGUGCUCCAUGUACAUUUCUGGAUCGAGCUCAGGCUGGAUUUAGAGCAGUAAAACUGGUUAAUCGAUUUGUUCAUGGUUUUAAUUAGUGUGUGUGCCUAGUAAUAAAGGCAAGUCAUCGAUAUCUCUCAUGACUUGUCAAUAUUUGUUCAAUUCUUCCAUUUUAUAUUAAUUCAUGCAGAUGUAAUAUUACUGUAUACACAAUUAAGUAUUAGUUUGUAACUUCUCAUCAA